AUGACUUCGGCAGACUUGGACAGCGAUCCUGUCGAUGCACCCUUACAAGGCCUCACAAAAGAAAACCAUGGCCCUUGGGUGGUUGUAUGCGCCUACAUCUUCAUCCUGUUGACAUUGAUGACCAUCUUCAUAAAGCUAUUCACCAGGUUCAGAUCCACGAAUCAUCUGACUGCCAAUGAUUGUUUUAUAUUGACGGCCGAAUUUCUCGGCUUUGCACAAACCAUCACCAUCACAAUUGCCGUCCACUUCGGUCUUGGGCAACGCCGGAAAGCCCUCUCAGAUUCCAAGUUCGAGUCUUUUGAGAAGACUAUGUAUGCUUCAAAUAUACUUCUGAUCUUGGUACUAGCCGCCGCCAAAGCUUCUGUCACUCAUCUGAUCAUCACCAUCAAUCCUACACAUAGAUUACUUCUCUCCUGCUACGGAAUCUUGGGCUUCGUCAGCCUUUGGGCCCUGGCCAGCGUCCUCGCAUUGGCUUUCCAAUGCAGCCUUCCGCACCCCUGGGACUUCGAGGACAACAGAUGUGUUGACCAAUUUGCUCUGAAUGCGGGAAUCCAUGCCGUGAACAUCUUAAGUGACGUGCUCAUUGUGUUGGUCCCCUUCACGAUGAUGCUGAAAGUCCCAGUGUCAAGAAACAAGCGGUUUAUUGUCACCGGAUCUUUCGCCUUGAGGCUAGUUGUUCCUGUCUUCACCGUCACCAUGCUUGUAUAUCUGCAGAAAAUGUUCCACUCCAGCCACCCGGAUCCCACCUGGGACUAUGUCGUUCCCCAGAUAUUUGCACAGAUCAUGUUGAAUAGCUCCAUCAUCGCCUCCUGCAUCCCGUCUCUCAAGCGUUUCCUCGCCGACAUCAAGCCUGGCCUGAUCGUGGUCAACGUUCCCGAAGACGGGCUCACCGCGUCCUACGUGCGACAUACAAGAAGCCGCAGCAGGGCCAAAAGCCGCUUAUCCAGGCCGGGAGCAGGCAUCUUUCGGCUCUCAAGCAAGUUCGGUUUUGGGGGCCACGGCGGACAUGCCCUGGCCAGCAGCAGCAGUGGGAGUUCUUCUGUCUUGUGGCGGGAGAAACAAGAGCAGGCUCUUACCACCAUGGAGCUAGGAUACAACAGACCUCAAGCCACCAAGGCGAGCAGCAAGGUGGAAAUAGACCGUAGCGAAAGCAUCGAGGGGCUCACCGACGACGUCAUCAUGCACUCCAUCGACUACAAAGUCGAGUACGAAGAUGCCGCGCACGACCCGGACGUGGUCACAGACCAGUCCAGCGGGAGUCCAAGGAGGACAAGGGAAUGA